GCUUUAUUGGUAAAGGUUUAAAGAAAAUAUUAAAAAUUAAUAUUACAUUUCAAACCAACAAAGCGUGUAAUUUUGUACUCAAAAAGUAAUUAGAAAUCAAUUGGAAAAUCACAAGAAAAUGCCGACUCGAAGGGCGAGGAGAGUGCGGACAAACCGACGACCGACGGCCUAUAGGAUGGCUCCGAUGAGACGCCAAAAAAUGGGUGUCCGUCCGGACAACGAAGAGGGAAGACUUCUCCUCUCAAACAUCGGACCCAAUGUUACCAUUGAUAUGAUUAAAGAAAUAUUUUGCAUAUUUGGAAAUGUGGGCAAAAUAGUGAUCCACACAACGGAGGACUUUAUUCAAACGGGAACCGCUGAGGUAUGGAUGAGCGCCGGCACCGAUGCCGUUAAAGCCAAGGGUCAGCUCAACUCCACCGAUAUGUUCAGCGACGGCCGUAUUAUUCGUAUAGAAAGGUCCAAACUAUCGUCAAAACUAUGCAAAUAUUGGCGAACUAUCCUUAAAAUGAUCGGCAAAUUGAGUGAAUCGGCGAAUAAAGAGAAUUAA